CUCUUUUUCCAUACGCGCAUGUGUACGGCCGAUUGAGGCCGGCCUCAGCACUCCCUCAAUGGCGACCGAAAAUCUUGAUUAAAGAGACUGGAGGCGGCCGGGCCCGGGGCUGAGCGAGACAGCGGCAGGACAAUUUUGUUUCGUAUAUAAAAGCACACAUAUACAGGGAAAAAAUAUUCAAAAAAAUACAUAAUUACAAACAAAAACUCACGUAUUAAAAUCCUUCUGUGAAAUUCAAGUACAUAAUUAAAAAAUAAGGAAAAAUGGCCGAGACAACCGCUACCUCUACUAAAGUCUCUCCAUUAGAAUCAGAGCUCUACUUCCUAAUCGCUCGCUUUCUCUCGGCCGGUCCUUGCCGAAAGUCGGCGGAGGUCUUGGUGCGAGAGCUGGAGGAGAAAGAGCUGCUCCCAAAGCGUCUUGACUGGGAAGGUAACGAGCACCACAGAAGCUAUGAAAACUUUGUUUUAUCAAAUUGGCAUGUGCCCCCUGAUUAUCUGCUGCAGAUAUGCCAACGAAUUGGCACAUUGCUGGAUAAGGAAGUUCCUCCAAGUGUGUCUGGAGUACAAUCCCUUAUUGGAGCAGGGCGACAAUCGCUACUUCGAACUGCAAAAGAUUGCAAACAGAUAGUAUGGAGAGGCUCAGCUUUUGCAUCUCUUCAUAGAGGGAGACCACCAGAAAUGCCCAUUCAUUAUGGGAAUCCACCAAGUGUUGUGGAAAUUAGUCCGUGCAGACAGUUGACAGGAUGACGUUUUAGUUCCAUUUUUCCAACCAGACCCUAUCAGCAUAUAAAAGAUUGCACCGGAGGAUCUGGACAUCUGUCUUCUGUGUAUUGUGUUGCUUUUGAUCGCACUGGUCACCGGAUUUUUACUGGCUCUGAUGAUUGUCUUGUGAAGAUCUGGGCCACACACACUGGUCGAUUACUCUCCACCUUGCGUGGCCACUCCACUGAAAUUUCGGAUAUGGCUGUGAAUUACGAAAACUCUAUGUUAGCUGCUGGCAGUUGUGAUAAACUAAUUCGAGUUUGGUGCUUGAGAACCUGCGCUCCAGUAGCUGUGCUACAAGGGACACAGGAUCCCAUUACUUCUCUGCAGUUUGGUCCAAUGAGUAAAGGUUCAGUCCGCUACACCUCGACAGGAUCUGAUGGGAGUGUGUUUUGGCAGUGGGAUUCAGAUACACUGAAGUUCAAGAAUCAGCCAUUGAAGUUUACGGAGCGGUCCAGACCAGGCUCUCCAAUGAUUUGUUCCUCAUUUAGCGUUGGUGGUAUGUUUCUAGCAGCUGGCAGCAGUGAUCAUGUAAUCAGAAUAUAUUAUCUGGGAUCUGGAACCCCUGAGAAAAUUUCGGAAUUAGAAUCUCACAUGGACAAAGUAGACAGCAUUCAGUUCUCCAACAACGGUGUUAGAUUGGUCAGUGGUAGCAGAGAUGGAACAGCGCGAAUCUGGCAGUACCAGUACCAGGAGUGGAGGAGUAUCUUACUGGAUAUGAGUGCCAAAUUGCCAGGUGACACUUGUCCAGGCGAUGAUAAGAUCACAAAACUUAAAGUGACAAUGGUGGCAUGGGAUCGUCAUGACAAUACUGUAAUCACUGCUGUGAACAACCAUACUUUAAAGGUGUGGAAUUCCUAUACCGGACAAUUGCUGCAUAUCCUAAUGGGUCAUGAAGAUGAAGUGUUUGUUUUGGAGCCACAUCCAUUUGACUCGAGAAUAAUUUUGUCUGCUGGCCACGAUGGAAAUAUCUUUAUUUGGGAUAUUACUAAAGGAACAAAAUCUCACCAUUACUUUAACAUGAUUGAAGGCCAAGGUCAUGGUGCUGUAUUUGACUGCAAGUUUUCACCAGAUGGACAGCAUUUUGCUUGCACUGACUCACAUGGACAUUUGCUUAUAUUUGGAUUUGGAUGCAGUAAAUUAUAUGAAAGGAUUCCAGAACAGAUGUUUUUCCAUACUGACUAUCGGCCAUUAAUUCGUGAUGGAAACAACUUUGUCUUGGAUGAACAGACUCAACAGGCUCCCCAUCUCAUGCCAACACCGUUUCUAGUAGAUGUGGAUGGGAAUCCUCAUCGAACAGAAUAUCAGCGAUUGGUGCCAGGACGUGAGAACUGUCAAGAUGAACAACUCGUACCACAGUUAGGAUAUGUAGCAACAAGUGAUGGUGGUGUUGUGGAGCAAGUGAUUGGGCAGCAAACAAAUGAACAAGAUGAACAGAACGUGGAGCUUAGUAUUCUGGAUGGCCUAAUUCAAAAUUUGCAACAGGAGCAAGACCAGCGGAUGGGAACUGAACAAAACGGAUUAAAUAGUCCAUACAACAGGGUCAGCACACCUGCAAGAGCUUUAAGGAACCCGAGCACUGAUGUUUUGUCACCACCAAAUGUGGGAUUGCGUCGGAGUGGGCAGAUUGAGGGUGUUCGUCAGAUGCAUCAUAAUGCGCCCCGUAGUCAAAUAGCCACAGAAAGGGACAUCAUGGCCUGGAAACGAAGAGUGGUGGUACCAGAAAUACCAACUAGUGUGAACAGCUUGCAGGAAGAAUUUAGGAUUGCCAAAAGUGAGGAGGAAAUUGCCUUAUAUGCAAGAGAGAAGAAAAGACGAUCGAUUUAUUCUACACAAAGGAAUGAUUCCUUGGAUUCAUAUGAACACACAAAAAAGGAAAUGAGGGACGCCGUUGCGAAGCAGCGUAAAUACGAACUACGGGCUGCCGUUGAAGAAUUGGCUCAAUUUUUCCAUGAAGAAGCAGAAGAAGUUAGCUCAGAAGAGGAAAGUAAUUCAGCAGAGGGCAGUGGAGGCUCUUCAGAAGAAUGGCAGAGUGGAAGUAACAGCUCAAGUGAUUCUUCAAGUGAUUAUUCAGACUGGACAACGAAUGCAGGAAAUAAUCUUCAGCCACCCAAAAGACCAAGCAGACGACGAGCUCCACGCAUACUGAGCAGCUCAGAAGAUGAACAAGAUGAUAAGGCCAAAAAACUUUGGAAUAAAAAGAUAAAGAAACCCAAAGGAAGACCACGAAAGAAACCAAAUCUUCUUCCAACUGGUGAUGGUUCAAUAUUAGAGGAGUGGCAUCCACCGAAGUGGAUUACUGACACUGUGCCACGCAGGUCACCUUAUGUUCCACAAAUGGGGGAUGAGGUUGUCUACUUUCGGCAAGGUCAUGAAGCUUAUGUUGAAGCUGUUAAAAAGGCUAAAAUAUACACCAUUAGUAAACGCAAACAGCCAUGGCGCAAGAUCGAACUUAGGGAUCAAGAAUUUUUGAAAAUUGUUGGGUUAAAAUAUGAAGUUGGCCCUCCUACACUAUGCUGCCUCAAGCUUGCCUUCAUAGACCAUGACACAGGCAAAAUUAUGGACAAGGCAUUUUCAGUGAAGUAUCAUGACAUGCCAGAUGUGAUAGAUUUUCUUGUUCUACGUCAAUUUUAUGAUGAAGCCAGAAAAAUGAAUUGGAAAGCAAAUGACAAAUUCCGAUCUAUAAUAGAUGAUGUUUGGUGGUUUGGGAUGGUAUUGAGUCAGGAGCCAUUCCAGGCGGCAUAUCCAGAUAGUCAUUUCCAGUGUUAUACUGUUUGCUGGGAGAAUAAUGAAAUUGAGAGACUCAGUCCUUGGGAUAUGGAACCCAUUUCUGAAAAUGCCCAGUAUCCUGAUGAUCCAAGUGCUGGUGUUUCUGUGACUGUAGAAGAGCUAGAAGCUCUGCUGUACAAACCUCAAGAGGGAGAGUGGGGUGAAAGAUCAAGAGAUGAAGAAUGUGAACGUAUUAUCAGGGGCAUUGAUGAUGUUCUGACUCUUGAUAUAGCAGCUCCCUUUAAUGCGCCUGUGGAUCUUCGUGCAUAUCCUGCAUACUGUAUGGUAGUUUCUUACCUCACCGACCUCAGCACUAUCAGAAUGCGAUUGGUCAAUAGGUUUUACAGGAGGAUCACUGCACUUGUGUGGGAGGUGAGGUACGUGGAGCACAAUGCACAAACUUUUAAUGAACCAGACAGCCCUAUUGUUAAAUCGGCCAGAAGAAUCACUGACCUACUUCUUAAAUUCAUCGAGAAUAAAGACUGUUAUGAUAUUUUUGAAAUUUGGAAUACGAUGGAGAAUUGUUCAAUGGACUCUCAAGAAGAGGAUGAGGGUGAUGAUACAACCAAUGUUGCAGGGACAUCUACUCGGAGAAAUCACCUAAGGCACGAAUUGGGUAGGAGCAUGAUCUGUGAUGCCAGUGAAUGGAAAGCUCAGUGCAGACAGCUGGUGGAGGUCCUAUUUCAGUGUGAAGAUUCCGAACCAUUCAGGCAGCCCGUGGAUCUUGCUGAAUAUCCAGAUUACAGGGAUAUUAUACACACUCCAAUGGACUUGGGGACUAUAAAAGAAAUAUUAGAAAUGGAAAAUUAUGAAAGUCCAAUAGAUCUUUGCAAAGAUGUGCGAUUAAUCUUUAGCAAUGCUAAAGCUUAUUCCCCAAACAAAAAGUCUAAGAUAUAUAGCAUGACUCUGAGACUGUCUGCAUUUUUUGAGAACCAAAUUCGAAAAAUCAUCUCUGAUUACAAAACUGCUCAAAACUAUAAUAAAAGGAAUCAACAUAAAUGGAGAUGCAAGAAACGGAUACACAGUUCUGAUGCCUCUAAGUCGAGCAGCAGAGGAUCCAGUCCAGAGCGAAAACGGAAACCAGUGAAGCCUCAAGCAAAAGCUGAACAUCUUUGCAAAAGAUCUACCUCAUUAAGUUCAUCUCAGAACAGCACAAGUGGCACUGGUGAUAGUGCCUCCAGUGAUGCUUCUGAGCAUUCUUCUACAUUACCCAGAGUAAGAAACACAAGGGCCAGGGCACCUGCCCUAACUGUAAAGAAAGAAGGAAGAAAAGAUUUACUCAACGGGUCGGUUGGAUCAACAACAGUAUCAGGAAGUGGAGACUCCAGUGAAAGUUCUGCUGAAGAGAAUAAUUGUACUGUGAAAUCUUCGACCUCUUCUCCAAAUGUUACUUGGACAGAAUGUGUGGCAGGCAGCAGUAGGACUGUAAGAAAGCGCAUCUUACCUAAACACAAAAUAGAAACAGCUGCUAGUGGUACUCGGAUAAAUGGACACAACAGAAAAUUGGUCCGUCAGACUACAGCAGCUAAGAAACGCAAGAUCUUGAGUGAUUCUGAGGAAGAAGACUCGCAGCCAGAGAGGGAUCAUGAGAUAUUUGGUGGUGGUAAAAGAAGAAAAAAUGUCAAUGUUUUGGAAGAUGAUGACUCUCUGUCUGAUAGCCAGGAGCAACAGCAGCAGCAGGAGGAGGAAAUGGUUCACAGCAAAUGUAGUUCAAGUAGCAGAACUGGUUCUAGAUCUGAAGGCAGCUCAAGCUCCAGUUCUGAAUCAAAAUCACAGACAGACUCUGAAUCUGGAUCUGUUUCUGACUUAGAUAGUGAUUACAAUAUGAAAGGAAAGUCAAAAGUUAAAAUGAAGAUAAAAUUGAAGAAAGGGAGACCUAAUAAAGGUAAACGGAGAGGAAAAAACAAAGCUCUCACUAAAAAAGGCACCAGCAGAUUAGAAUACAAGAAACAGCAAAAUGUCUUGGACAGUGAAGAGGGAGAUGAUGAUGACGACUCUGAUUAUGUCAAAAGAGAUUGUGUUUGUAGACCAUCUGCAAUAAGGACCAGAAAUCAAGGCAGAAGGACUGUAAGAUAUGAUGAUUAUGAUUCCGAUACGGAUGGUGUCUUACAUAAUGAGGUUGCUAACCAUGGAAUAUCCAGGUCUGGACGGGUACGGCGGAUACCCAUGAGAGUGAGAGAUUGAGAGGCAGCCAUUUAUUGGCAUUGUACCACUGUGAAUUUUUUUCUCUAGAAUUUCAGGGAUUAUAUUUAUAUUUUUCUGGAUUUAUUUUCUGGGGAAGGGGGAAAGCUGGCUGUUCACGGACACAAAAAUCAUGGUUGACACUGCAAACAUUAAGCAACAUUUAACAGCACAAGAUAAUGAAAAAGGACAUAAGACAACUCUAGUAAUGUCUGUGGACCAUGCUAGAAAAGAGUCUGCAAUUUGCAUUUGUCUCCUAUUGAGCACUACAAAAAUUAUUUAUUUUUACUGCCUUGCAUGUAUUUAAGCCAAUUGAGAGCAUAUCUGUCUCUUCAAUAGUCAAAGCAGUUUUUGUUUGCAUUUAGGUACUGGAUUAUGAAUCAGGAAGGAACGUUUUGCAUCCAUCUCAAGAUUUGUGAUAAUGACUCCUUUAAUCGAAUUUGUGUUCAAGUCAAAUAUUUUUGUCUAAAAUGUGUACUUUAAUACUGAUUUAGAGACUUAUUUUUGGAAGGGGAUGAGUUUAAGAGAAGGAAAUAGCACUGCAGUAUGGAAAGGUUGAAAAGAUGAGAAUUUCUUUAAAGUAGGUGUGCAAAAUUGAACAAAAGUCUGUAACUUUGUCCUAACCCCAGUAUACCCUGUUUGGAUGAAUAAUAAUUUAAUCUGUUGGUGUUUUUUAUCCUUUAAGUUGUCUGUCUAGUCAGCAGCUAUAGUAACUGCCUGAUUAAUUUUCAGAUCCCUGUUUGGUUAAAGGACAGAAUAAAGCAAUGUUUGCUACUGGCCUUAAUGCUCAGAAUAUAUAACAUAUUUUCCAUUUUUUUUGCAAGGUUGAGAGUAAAGAGAAGAUAAAUAUUCAUACUGUGCCAGUCUUAUACAGGUAGUGCAGAAUCUGAGCAUUUUUUUGGAAUAUGAGGGAUGGCUUGGAAUUGAACUGAGGGGGAUAAAGGUUAAGUUAGAAGCAGAUAAAUUAGAAAAUGCAGGAGAAAAAUGUACUUGGAUGCAAUCUGGUUUAAAAUCUGUUUUACCUCUGUUUUUCUGGUAACUUGUUAAAAAAUUAAUCCAGCCUGGUUUAUUUCAUUCAACUUGUUAAUGCCUCAACAUCUAUGCAAAUGUUCAAUGAUAGCCAGAAGGUAGUCUUAAAAAGGAGUCCUUUAUUAAAGGCAUUUUCAAAUAUUUCAUUAAAAAAACGGUGAUUUGAGUGAACUCCAUGCAUGCAUUAACUUACUAACUCUGGAGUGAUAUGGUGCACACUCGCCGUAAUAAAUGACAUGAUUAUUCCAAAAUAAUGCUAUUUUCCCAAAUGUGCAGUACAUUAAUUGUACCUUCAACCUAUACUUUCAACUGAUGCUUUAUCCAUUUACAGAGUUUGUAAAAUUAGGUCAUCUUUGUUGCUCUCUAACUUUAAAGGCAGUGAUUCGCACUGAGGUGCAAUUAUGUAGGUAAUAUCAGGUUGAGUGUCCAUGUGUUUAGCUGGUGAGCACUUACACUUAGCUAGCCAUAGUUUUGAAGUGAUUUGGGUGUUUUUAACCCAAACAUGAUCUAGACCACCUAGCAAAGAGGUACAUACCUAGUUUUGGAUUGUAAUAGGGACACCUGUUAUUUUUCCACCCAUCUGAUUAACUGUUAUGCCCUUAGCACUGCAUAGACUGAAAUUAGCCAGCAACAAAUAAUGGGAGUUUUGCAUGGUGUUCAUUGGCACAAUGCUACACUAAAGAACCUGGUGUGUGAUUUUUAAAUUCCAAGUUAUUUGCUAGUUGCUUCAGCAAAAGUCACCUGGGUUGGCACACUAUGUUUGACUGGAUCUGCAGUAACUCACUGAUGCUCAAGUGUUGGUAGAUAGUAUCCCCUUUGAUAAUGUCUUCAACUUGGUUAUAUAUUACAGACCACAAACUUCACUGGAAUGCCACAAGAAAACUGAUUCCAUUAUUUUGUAAUGUCGGGAAUGCAAUGCAUUGGAAUAAAUUUUCCCAAUUUCUAACAGUCGGGAUUCUUCUGCCUAUUUAUAAUAUUUGUUCAAAUCUAUAUUGUACCCCACAUGAUACAAGAUUGACUUGUUUACUGAAGAUGUUGAUGCACUGCUAAUAUUAUAUUCCAAGAGAUGGUAUCAUAAAUGAAUUUGAAGGUCAAUGCAAAACUGCUGUAUUGUUGUAGCUUUUUUUUAACAAGAAAUUGCAAAUUUCACUUUGGUUUAUGGUGAGCCAUUUAUUUAAGGAAGUAUUUAAUUUGUACUUAAACCAGUAGUUGGUCAGAUUAGUUUUUCCAAAUUAGAUUUUCCUUUCAUUUUUAUCUCUAUAUCCAGUCUUUGCAAAAAAAACUAAGAUACCAGUUAAAUUAAACCUCCACUUCUUGCCCAGUUAGCUUUUCAAAGAGCGCACAGAGGAUUUAAAUUUCUGAAUUUGCAAUGCUUUUUUUUCCAGAGUGGGACCAAUAGCCAUCAGUCUUCAGAGAUGUUGUCCUAUUGCCUGCAUCAAUUCCCAUUUACCACACACAAUUUUUCAAGGAUGAGGGGUGGAGGGAAAACAAUGAAGUCAUUUUUAGAAGUUUUUUUUAUUCUGUUCAAUUAUAAAAAUAGGAUUUAUUUUUAAAAAUGCAUCCAAGUUUUGCAUUUCUCAUAUGCAAAAUGUUCUUUGAAUGCCAAAUGAUAACCUCUGGAAAAGAGGCAGUUGAACUCUGAGAGUGUGUGAUUUCUGAGAUUUAGUAUGAUGGUGGCAGCCAGUUUUGCUCCAUUUGAUAGGUUUUUUAUUAAAAAUCUGUAUAACCGCCUGUAACAGCAAGUGACCUUUUAGCUCAUCCACAGUUUAUUGGUGUGGAGUUGUGCUUAGAAAAAGAGAUUUGGUGCCUUCAGUUUUGUCUGUGCCUACAAUGAUGCUAGAUGAUAUUCAUAAUCUUUUGGUGUUAUUUGUCCUCAGGAACACAUUAAACUAUGUUUUGCCUCAGCAAGCCACACCAUCCCUUCCCAUGUUUAACUCGAAUGUUACAGAAAUUUUACCGCUAUCAGAUUUUAAUAUCAUUUCAAAAUGGAGAGAGAGUGCUUUGAAGUGGUUAUGGUUUUAUAUAAAAUGUAACAGGUAAUUUUAGCCUAAUUUGUAGGGGAAGGAAUCCAUAGAUUCAGGUGGAAUGUCGGUUUACUUUGGAUUCAAUGUCAUUUCAUUGCCUCAACAGUAAGUAAGAUUGGCAAAGACAAAACAAGCAUUGGCAAAAGAUUGAGUUUUCUGGUGGAUGUUAGGUUAAAAUUGUCCCCAAGUAGUUUCUCAUUUUAUUUUUCUUUGCUUCCAUUAAUCAAAAAUCAAAACUUGUGAAUUGUCAUCUUCUAAGGAAUUUUGUUAUGGGUUAAACAUUCCCUUGAUAAUGUUUUGACUUAAGUAAAAAUGGUGAAAAUUCUGCAUCAGUUGGUGCAGUUUGAAAAUUAUGCUCAGUUAUAGAAGACUGGAUAAUUUGCACAGAUGCUAAUAUUUCAUAGGCAAUUGUUAACUAGUUAAACAAUUGAUGCCUGUAAUGAGCAAUAAACCAUUAGUGGAAUCAGUGAGUUCCUUCUAAUCCCAAGUAUAUGUCAAUGAAUGUAAAGAAGACAAGUUUUUAAAAAUAAUUUUGAAAGGCCUCAAUUAUCUCACAAUGCUCACGUUGAAGUAAUCAUUAAUUGCUUGUAAACUAUAAAUCUUCAUGAUACCUUUAACUUUAUUUAUUGAAAUGUGUUUUUCUCUUGCCCAUUCCAAUAACUCGUUGAGCAACAAAAUGCAAAGAAAUGGUUGUAAAUUUAGGAAAUGGAUACAUGGUACUAGCUGCUGCAAAGUAUGCAUUCCAACCUCAACAGGAAGUAAUCUUUGCUUUAUUGUGCACUUUCUUCCACCACCACAUAUCCUGUCCCAUCACAAACCCUCCUUAAAUCCUAUUUGCCCCAUGAAAUGUGGUAGAAUUCCUAUAUGAAGUUUAAAAAAUGCACUUUGCAAUUGACUUACUCCAAUGGCACUCUAAUAUUUAGAGGCUGCACAAAAUCUGCAUUGACCUAUAUUUGUUUUCCAGCUUUAAAACAGAAAAUGCUGUGAGUAUUCAGCAUCUGUGGAGAAAGCUGACCUUUCAACAGGUUUUGGAUCUAUUUCCCAACACGUCUCAGCAUCCCUCCCUCCAUCCCAUAAUUCCAUAACCUAUCCAAAGCUUUGUAACUCUGCCCUGCCCUUCAUAAUUUUGCAUUGAUGUAAAACUAAUCAUAUAAACAGGUGGGGUUGUUUUAUUACGGAUGACAGAUAAAAGCUUAGUAACUAAAGGCAAUACUUUACUGCAUUACCUUAUUCAGCCAAUCAGUCUGUUGCCAAACCAAAAUCAUUUUAUACCAGGAGACAUUAACACCAUAACGUCUCUCAAGAUAUGUUAAUAUAUUUUAAUUAAAAAAGGCAAGUUAAUAUCUGCAGCAAAAUAAAUAAAAUUUGGGUAUCAAGUUGCAAGGGUACAACUCCAUAGGAUUUGGCAUCUUCCACUAAGUUUUAGCCUUAAUAAUAUAAGCAGGUUGAACAGAAUCAUAUCUGAUUCUGAAUACUCUCAAUAAGAAAUUUCACCUGAGCUGCUAUAAAAUGUGCCUAGAUGGUUAAUGCCAGAAGGUUGCUCGUUUGGAGAAUACAGUGGAAUGAGGUGAAUUGUAACCAGAAAUAGGAACCUUAUUUAUUCUUCCCUCAUUUUCCUACCCUGUUCUCCUUCCCCACCUCCAAUCUGAGAGAUGCCAAAACAAUUUGUGUUGACAUAACCCUGCUCCUUCCCCUAUUAGCUAACAGUAUAGAACUGUGGUUGAAGUUAUAAGUGGUAAUGGAAGCAUUGACAGAAUUUGGUACCAUUCAGUUGCACAGCUGAAAUGUUGUGAUUUCUUUUUGAAUUGUUGUGUGCAUGUGCACAGGCUGCAACCCAUCUUGUUUUUUCUCCCCUCAUUGAAAUGCAUAUUACAACAAUAAUUCCCCUUGAUGACAAAUUAUAAACCUUGUGUUUCUCAGACAUAGUUUCUAUGAGCAUAAUAUAAUGCACAAUGGAAUUGCCCAGAAAAUGUACUUUGAAAUUGCCACACUUGUCAGAUAAUGAUGAAAUCGUUUCAGUGAAUUAAUUUUCUGGAUGUGUUGCUUGAUAUCUUUGUUCUUAAGCAUGAUGUAUUAAAAGAGUAAUAACCAAGAACAAUGAUUUCCACUUGCAUUUUGUAUUACGUUUGCAGUUGAUUUGGAUAUUCUGCUUCUUUUACAAAGAAAGAGGUUUAUUAUUCCAGAGCAAAUGGGCUUUCAAAAGACUGCCACAAAAAAAUUAACCUUCCUUUAUUCUUCAGACAUGAAACACAUUUUCAGCAUGUUUUUUGUCAUUUUUAUAUGAAAAAGAACACUUCAAUUGGCUGCAAAAAUUAUAAAGCUAGUUCAAUUUAUGAACAAGCCUAACAAUAGUUUCCCUGCAUGGUUAACAUCUGACUGAGUUGAUUCACUACCUUUUAAUUUAAGCUCGGAAUGAACAAAAAAUAAAAUUUUGUUUUUAUAUUGACAUUGUAAACACUUCAGAUGUUAGUUCAAAGAUUAACUAUAUCAGUUUAUGGAAAUUACUGUCAUUGACUAUGCAUUUGGGUUUCCAGGUAGCAGUACAGUAUUGAAAAAGGUAACACUUAAGAAUUUUGUAUAAAUGUUCAAAAUAUUAAAUAAUGACAGAAUUAACUAAUUUUGAUUUAAUACAGGCAGUUAACUAAGAUCUUGGUUUUCACAAAUGACUCAUGAUUUGUGUUGUAUACUAUGUAAUAUAGUGGAUAAUGUUUCCAUAGACUUUGCAUCUUGGAAGCUAAUGUUUGUGAUAAAGUGCAAUGUCCCAGAUGAUGUGAUUAUGGCGUUUAGAUGUUUUAUUUGGGGAGAAGAGCACCAUUUCCAUAAUUUCAGAAGCGGAAUACUGCAGUGCCAAAUUGGAGUAUCUGAUAUGAAUUUUAAUCUUUACUCCUGCAUAGACAAGUUUAUGAUUAGUGGUGGGGUGUCUGAUUUUGGGGGGAGAGAGAGAGAGAUUAACAGCAUGAUGGUGCCCACUUCUGCAGGAACAAUCUCCACUAUUGCACUGAGAGCAGCAGCAAUUACAUACUGUUUCGAGGAUCUGGCCACCUUGUGACUUUAGGCAAAAGGCUAUGAGCUCCAGUGUGUGCAUUAGAACUAAAUGGGUUCAAAGUUGUUCCUUAAAAGUUUAAACACGUUGCAAGUACGGAUUUGCUCCAAAGUCUCUACUUUAAAAAUAGUUGUUUAUUCAGUUUCCUGGGACAUUGCUUUUGCCAAAUUGUUUCUAUUUUGAUCUCAGGAACCCUUUAUAUGUGUAAACUGAAGAAUCAAAUUAUUCAGGGAGAGGUGUUUGCCAAAAUGGUAAACUUCAGUUUUCUUUGAUACGAAAGGAAAAACAUUGGCAGUUUAUUUUAUCAUUUUUGGCAAUUUAUUGUAAAUUGUGUAUAUGUAAGUAUUUAGAAAACCUGCAAAUUUUGCCUUAGCAGCAUAGCAUAUUGUAUAAAUUAAUAGUGUAUGUGGCUGUGGUUAUGCUAUUUUCCAAGUUUUAUGCAGAAAACUGAUUCCCCUUGUAAAAAUAAAAUCAUUGUU